AUGCCAGCUUUACCUACGCCUACACGCUCCAACACACGUAGUACGCCCAAACCCGCUCUCAAUAUGUCAUCCGACGACCCUUCAACAUGGCUCAAUUUCUCACUACCACCUCGAUCUCGUGCCGGAGUACCUGGCUCGGGCGUAGCGGGCAUACCGAGACGGAGUAGACGAGGAGAAGGAUGGAGAGGUGGGCCAAUGAGCAGAGAGAAAUUCUUGAAUGCCUCUUUCAAAUUCGUACUGAAACCUACCGAGACGAUAAGUUAUGGUGCUCACUUCGCUGAUCCUGAUAUCUCGCUUCACUGGCCACAUAUCUUACAGGUCCUCGUGCCUACCUUCAGUGCAUUCUCGGUCGCCCAAGGAUACGUUUCAACUGAGAAACAUGAUUCGCACGAUCUCGGUUCAUCCUACGAAUCGCAUGAUCUGGAAGGCAUGGGUGAAGAAGCUGCUGAGAGAAGACGGAGGAUGGAAGAGGAAAGAAGGGGUAGAAUGUGUCCCAUCUGUUUGGGUAAACCAGUGGCUGGGAGAAUGACGAAAUGCGGUCAUAUAUUCUGCUUUCCUUGCAUCCUCCAUUAUAUCCAACUGUCCGAUAUUCCCAAAUCAGCUAGAUGUCCAAUCUGCGGAGAUACGAUUCAUUCAAGUUACCUAAAGAGCGUCAAAUACCUCGACGCCGCUGCUAUGCUCAAAGCGUCGAGGGGGGAAGAUGACGACGAUGAUCAAGAUAACAGCCAAUCCUCUCGCUCGACCAACGUCGUAAACGCAACAAAUGACAGUCAUGGUCACGGGAUUAUAGGGGUCAUGGACGGGUUUGAAGAGACAUUGGAAGAAGCAAAGGCGGUCGAUUCACAUCAGAUAUCAGAAGAUAAAGGUCAUCAAAUACACAUGCGUCUCGUACAACGACCACAAAUGACAACUCUAGCUUUACCCUCUUCUUCUACUUGGCCUUCAGAUGCUAUCCCACCUCACACAGCACCAUGGCAUUUCUUACCCGAUAUCCUCACUUAUUCACGUUUUAUGCUUUCCACGCCGGAAUACAUGUUAUCUGAACUUCAGAGGGAAUUGACCGAGCUCAAGGGAGAAUGGGAUAUGUUGAAAGGAGAUGAAUUAGGUAGGGAGUUUGUCAAAGCUGCCAAAGAGAAAGUCGAAAGGCAGAUGCAGAAAGUCAGGGCUGAGCUCGUGACUGAAUUAGUGAAGAGGUCAGAACGGGCGGCCAGGGAAGCUUGGGGAGAAGCUGUGGGCGGAUCUCGACGAGAGAAGGAAAGGAAAAGGGAAAGAGAUAGGAUAGCGAAAGAAAGAGAGGCCAGGCAGAAAUCGGAGCUGGAGGCAAUGGACAUACCUCACGAGUUCUUAGCAAAUUCUAUACCCGCUACACCUUCGUUCGAUAACUCAGCUAAUAUCAAUAUACCUCCGAACGUCGAAGUGGAACCUAAUCCCAUGCCUACACCGACACCAAAGAAAUCACGUCGAAGAGGUGGAGGUGGACAUGGACCCAACCCCCCACCUGCUAUACCACCUUCACCCUCAUACUAUUUCUACCAGUCAUCUCUAGGUGCCAAUGUCUUCCUACAUCCCUUAGACAUACGGAUACUAUUGGCUCACUUCAAAUCGUAUUCUCUCUUCCCACCUACCAUAUCGUUCGCUACUACGGGUUAUGAUCCCGGUACAAUCAACGACGAGUUGCGCAAACGAUGUAAAUACCUGGGACAUCUACCGAUAGGGACGGAAGUUAUCUUUGUCGAAGCGGAUCUCGAACCUAUAGUGACUAAAGAAGUGCUUGAUCAAUUUGAACAGCCUUUGAAAGCCAGGAGGAUGAAAAGGAAAGAUAAACUGAAGAGAGAGGAGAAAGCCAAGUUGAAAUGGGAAAAAUCAGAAAGAGAGAAAUUACCUAUAGAUUUACGUUCGACACCUAGUGCGUUUAGGACGGGUGGUUCGGGAGAAGACAGGGAUUUCGCUUUGGCUCUUGCUAGAUCUGCUGUGGAAUUUGACCCUACCCAGAAUAUCGGAUUUCAACCUUCCUCCGCAUCUUCUUCGACCUCGAAUCCACUUCAUUAUCCUAUGCCUGGGACCAGUCCGUCGAACGGUAGUGGGAUAUGGAAUACUAACGGAGGAGAUAGUCAAUCGAGAGCGACAUUCGCGCAUGCCUUGCAUAAUCAUACGACCUCUUCGAUACCUGUACAGAGGAGACAGGAGAUAGAUUGGGAGGUGGAAGCUGCCUGGGAGGCGUUCGAGAAUAUGUCGAUGAGUAGAGGAGGUAGGAACCGACCUGAAGAUCAGGACGUAGAUCCCAUGUUGGGAUCGAAUGCAGGGACAAGUCCGACAUCAACAGUGAGAGAAUCGGGAAAAGGUGGAGGUGGUGGUAAGAAGGGAAAGAAAGGGAAAGGACAGAAAUUGGUUCUUGGUGGUGGAGGUGCAAGAAGAGCUUGA